AGAGUAUAGAAAAACCAUCAGCAACACAGGUUUAAAUUUGACGUACAUUUUUUUUUCAAAGAAAAAAAAAUGGUUCUUGAGGUUCAACGUUACCCUAGUGGCUACCAGCAGAACAACUAUCCAACACACCAAGGGGCUGAUGGCUACUUCAACAACAACUUCCACGGAAUAACUGCAGCCCAGACAACCCCAUACCCGACUUAUCCUCAAGUUUCAACUUACCCAUCAAGCCAUGUUUCACAAUACCAAUCUACUUGGUCUGCUGGUGAUGAAUACCAGCAUGGCCAUGGACCCAGCCAUCCAGUCAAGCCCAGUGCUGCUGGUGGAUAUGGAGGAAAUUCACAUGGCUAUGGAAAGUCACAAGGUUAUGAAAACUCAUUCAGCCAUGGAAGCCCACAUGGUCAUGGCCAAGGGAGUCCAAAUGGUCUUGGUAAAUCACAUGGAUAUGAAAACUCAUUCAGCCAUGUAAGCCAACAAGGCCAUGGAAGCCCAAAUGGUCAUGGCUUAGGGAGUCCACAUGGUCUUGGUAAAUCACAUGGAUAUGAAAACUCAUUCAACCAUGGAAGCCAACAAGGCCAUGGAAGCCCACAAGGUCAUGGCCUAGGGAGUCCACAUGGUUUUGGUAAAUCACACAGCUAUGGAGAUUCACAUGGUUUUGGAAAUUCAAAUGGACAUGGAGGUGGUGUUAUGAACCAUUUUGAAAAGCUCACACAUGGGCACGGCUAUGGAGCUCCUGGCCCAAACUACGGUCACGCUCAGAGUGGCAUGAAUCCUGGUUGCCAGAAGCCGUCUUGGACUUUGAAGGGACUUGACGAUGAUGAAUGAACAUCUAAGAACCUACCGUAUUACAAAGAAGUGUGUGCUUGAUAUAUAAUCCUCUAAAUAAUGUUGUUGCUUUAAUUUCUAUUUACUACGUAUGUGACAAAUGCAUAAGCAGUGAAUAAUGAAUGGUGGUUACUGCUUUA